AUGACGCUUACCACCAUGGCACCGAAUAGUGUGAUGGUCAGAGACCGGCCUGCACGUCGUGUCGAGGCCAUGGUGCGCCAUGCAAGUACGAAAGCUCCUUCGAAAACGACGCCCAUUCGGGACGUGGAAGAGUUGAGGGACAGAGUGGAUCCAGCAUGCGCCGUGUCUACGCAUCUACGUUCGCUUGCACCAGCAGCCGACGCGGCGUCAGAUUCAACAGAAACAGUGACAUUCGAGCCGGAAGCAGUUCCGCACAAGACCGCAUCACAAGAAGAACCUCAGAGCCGCCCUGGUGAAGCUGCCGUAGAUACGCUUGCAACAGAAGCGUUCGAUGUGAUGCCAGUUCGGGAAAUAGGCUACUUUGGUCCUACAUCGAACCAUGCAUUAUUCCGCAGCCUAUCCAACAUCUUUGCACAAACCACCAGCUUGCGCAAUCACACAGCGACCUUGAGCAGGAGCACCGACGGUGGAAACAACUUCAAUCCGAGCGAUCACGGACAAAUACGGAGUGAGCGUAGGAAUGCCCAUCCUCCAAGCUUACCAGGACACAGAGAAUUGAUGGGCUUGAUCAAUCACUUCUCACAUAAAGUCAGCGGCGUGUUCCCGUUCAUCACCAUUUCGUCCGUUAUCGAAGGCAUUGACCAGAAUGGUCCAAGAAAAUCAAGAGCACUACUGAAUAUUGUAUGUGCGCACGCUUCUACCUCUAUGCAGUGCGAGAAUGCCGAGCUGUUUUACCGCCGUGCCCUGGCUCUCUUGGACGAGCGCAACCUUCGAGGGUCAAGCCUUGAGUUGAUCCAAACACUUCUGUUACUCUCGAGCUAUCAGCAGAACAAUCAACGCGCCGUAGCCAGCUGGACAUACCACGCCCUCGCAGUUAAAGCUGCCUACCAGCUGGGCCUUCACUCGCUGAGAUGUCAUACAGACUUCAACUCUCCACAGACUGAGCAGCGCCAGCGCCUUUGGAAUGCUGUCAUCAACGAGGACAGAUAUCUGAGCAUUGCCCUCGGCCGGCCUUUCCUGAUCCCGUCGCAACAUGUUCGCGUUCCAAAGCGCUCGGUUCCCUCGGUUCCGAGCCCUGCGUCCUCGGCCGAAACCUCGAGUAUCACUUUCUUCAACCACCUCACUUCCUUAUACGCCAUCCAAGGAAAUGUCGUCGAGUCCAUGUACGAUCACAACCUAGAGCCCGAGGCUGAUCUUGGCCUUGAAGACUUGAUUGUGGAAAGACUCAAGUUAGUAGUGAAGCUCGAGCAGUGGCGCCAAAGUGUAUCGCCCUUCUGUGAUGUUCUUUCAGAAGGGUUGGACGCCAAAUUGCUCGAUUCAAAAAGAUACGAGACUAUGCUGUGCAUUCAAUACUACCGAACGGUGCUUUUGAUCAACGGUCCUAUCUUGAUGGGGGUUUUGGAGCACAGUAUCGCAAAAAGAGACGCAGAAAACAUUACAUUUAUCCAGGAACAGGUCCUGCCGCCAAUUAAGAGCAGCUUUUCAGCUGCUCUCCAGCUUCAGCAAAUCAUUUCGAACGUUAAUCGGUGUGGCAAUGCAUUCAUCAAUGGCAAUGCAAUGUGGUGGGCCUGCAAUUAUACUUCGUUCACUGUCGUCCUUCACCUAUUCGGUGCCUUCCUGGCCUGCGAGAGACCUGGAGUUGAGAUGGCCUUUGACGGUCGUCGUCGCCUUGAACUUCGAUCGGCUCUUGACUCCGCCUUGGAAACCUUGAACGCGAUCAAAAGAACAAGUAUCAUGAGCCGGAAGGCUCGACAGUGCAUCGCAAACUUCCUCGACAUAUACGAUGCUUUAGAUUCCGACCAACAGACAUCCAAUACCGCUGACAUCUCCCACACUCUCAACAUGCCCGACGAAACAACAUUGCCGAUCGACGAUACAGCUGCUGACUCCUUGUACGCUUUCAUUAACCAAGCCGCCGACGAGUUUCUCUUCCAAUGCAGCGAUAGCUCUUACCUAGACGCCGACUUCUCGUUUUUCUAG